AUGGAGGCCUUGUCCCCAUACAUCACCAACGCGCGGAGGACAGUCAUUGAGAUAGAAGCCUUGGUGGCUGUGGCAGUAGGACUGCUUUUUUUGCAGCUCAUCCUCGGACCCUUACGCCGGCGGUCGGGCCACUGGUUCAUCCAAGGUACAUUGUGGCUUGCUUACACGCUCCCCUUCCCUCUUAUUGCCUACAACCUCGGUCAGAUGGUGUCCUCGCCGGCAAAGAAUGGGUUGUACUUUGUCUGGGCUAUUAUUCUCUUGUGGGCCGCCGGAUGUGCUGACUCCAUGACAGCGUAUGAUCUGGAAGAUAACAAGCAGUGGAAGCGGUACCUCUUUCAGCUGCUUCAGUAUAUUGUCUACGCAGUUGCUAUAGAACGGCUGCUUGUUGCUCACACACUUUCAUUCAACCUAGAAUUCAACCUAGAAAUGAAAGAAAAAAAAGCACAACCUAUUCAGAUUGCAGCAGGUAGCCUGUUUGCUGUGCUAAUGUUUACCAAUGUGGUCAAAGCAUUUGCUGGCUGGAUGGUCACGCGCUCUUAUCCCAGCAAAUUAGUAGCCGACUAUGUGAGUGACCAGGUUGACGAAAGAGGUGAUCAAGAUUCUUUUGACCCAAUUACAAUGAAGGGAUACAAAUACCUUGUCCGCUGGCGAGUUCAACACCAUGAGCAUCACUACAUCAAAGAUGGUAUCAUCACCAUCGACACAAUCUGGGACACGGAAUUUAAUGAUGGGCUGCUCAACACAAGUAUAGCUGUCUCGCAAUUGAAAGAUGUUUGCCUUUCGUUUGCUCUGUCUAACUUGCUAAAGCGCCGGUUCUUUGGGAUGGAGUGUGCUGAAGCUGCCCUUCCCGAAACACGCAAGUUUAUCUUUGAGGGUUUGCUGUCGUCCGCAGAGGGUGAAGUCAACAACUACACAAGAGUAUUUCAUAUCAUCGAGGUGGAAUUGGGUUUUCUCUAUGAUUUUUUCUUCACAAAGUAUGCAGCUCUGUUUCAAAUGGAGGGUCCUUAUCUUGUUUUGGUUGUUCUCAAAUCAAUUUCCAUAUGCAUCUGCGGAGCAGUUCUGCUUCGAAAUUCUCCUAUAGUGAAGACACUUGACCCUAUAAUUGAAGUUGGCACAAGACCUGUUGAUAUUACUAUCACAGUCAUGGUUUUCGGAACUCUCUUUCUAGUUGAAGUACUGCAGGUCAUACUUUAUCUGAUGUCAGAUUGGGCUACCGUUUCACUUGCUUGCAGUUAUACCAGAAGAGGUUCCUGGGAUUUCACCACAUCUGUUAUUUGGUUUCUUAGAAGAUUAAACUUAUUCAGACAUUUGAGAGCCCGGUAUAACAAUGGCAAAUUCCUUCAAAGGCUUAAUUUUUUUGGGUAUUGGCAAAAUAAGAUGGGGCAGUCAUCUGUAAUUCAUGACUGCCGUCAUUUCGAUAUGCCCUUUACGGGGCCUUUGAACAUCCGCUGGUUUGACAACCUCCUCAUCAUGGCUUUUCUUCAUUUUAUUAGCUACAUGACAAGCUGCGUACUUUCAAUGGUAUUCUCCAAGAAAUUCUUCGUCCUCGUUCCUGAUUCUGUGAAAAGCGAGAUACUUUCUUGCUUGAAGAAAUCUAGCAUUGGUGUACCUCUAACCAAUGGAGAAGCAGCAUUGCAGCGUAAUGGUGUCCUUGGAGAGUUCUCCUGGGCAUUAAAGAUGCCGAGCCAAGCAAAAAUAAUAGCUAUUUGGCAUGUUGCAACUGAUUACUGCAAUAUUGGAUCUCACAGUAAGGCAUCAGAGGGGGAAGAACUGAUGCAGAUAGAUUACUACAAUCAAGUUGCGACCACAUUAUCUAGGUAUUGUGCAUACUUGAUGUCCAGUAUCCCAGAUUUCCUUCCUGGAAACUCCAUAGAUACACAUAUGGUCUUUGAUAAGUUAAAAGAGCAAUCAAGAAGGGUGCUACGUGCGCAGAAGCCAAGUAGGGAUUUAUUGCUCAGGGCCAUUGAUGAUCCAAAAAAUAGCAACCAGGAAGAUACCAUUAUCCGCGACUAUGGCGGCUGCAUGAUGCAGGAUACCACCAUUGAUGAAAACACCCAAGAUGACUGCAUCAGGAACAAUAUGCAGAAUUCCACUGUCGACGAAUCAACUGCCACCAACUCCCAAGAUAACAUGUUCAUCGAAGGCUUGAAGCUUGGGAGGGACCUGGAGAAGAUAGAAGAUGAAGUUCUCCGCUGGAAGGUGAUGGCAGAAUUCUGGGCCGAGACCAUCAUCUACAUUGCGCCAUCUGACAAUAUCAAGCUGCACAUGGAACGCCUUGCCCAAGGUGGGGAAUUUCUCACUCACGUCUGGGCUCUGCUCACUCACGCAGGUAUUCUGAAACGUGACCAGAAGCAAGCCCCUGAAGAUAAUGUGUAA